GCCCACCAUCAUCGUUGAUGUUCCAACUGCAACUUAAGCCUACAAAACGGAAAGAAUCGACAAAGCUGGUGAUCAGGGGAAGCAAUCGAGUCAUCUUCUCGGCACAGAUACGGUUGGUUCUCAAACCCAGUUCAGAUACGUAGCUUUAGAUAGCCUUUUUCGUCUCGAUGGUCUUCCACGGUCUAGGAUGAAGCCUAUUAUAGAGAGGCUGACCGGAGGUUGCGAGAUCCGCAAGCUGUUGU